GCUACUGCUUUUGCUGCCUGAAUUGGAGUCACUUUCUUCCCUUUCAAGCUCUAAACUUGAACUCCGUCAAGCCCUAAUCUCACUCUCCUCCCACCUCCUUCUGCCGUGAGGUUUAAUUUAUUCCUCUAUUCCUGUGACCUGUUGCUCGCGUAGGGAGAAAAAGGAUAAAGAAAUCUCCUCAAUUCAAUGGCGAGAAGCCUCAUUUCUCAUGUCCGCUGCCUCUUCUCAGAAACUCAGUACAGAACUUUCAGUAGCCAAGUGGAGGAACUAAGAAAUCGGAUUAUAGAAGGAAAACCUGGGAUCAUGACUCCAAACUCGAAACGGACAGGAGCAAUAGCUGUAAAAUGUGGAAUGACAGCACUCUGGGACAAAUGGGGUGAACGCCUCCCCAUCACCAUCCUUUGGUUAGAUGAUAACAUUGUUUCCCAGGUUAAAACACCGGAGAAAGAAGGCAUCUCCGCCCUACAGAUUGGAUGUGCUCACAAAAAGGAGAAGCAUUUGACAAAACCUGAAGUAGGUCAUUUUAGAGCACAAGGUGUGCCCAUGAAGAGAAAGUUGAAGGAAUUUCCUGUUACAGAAGAUGCACUUCUUCCUAGUGGAACGAGCAUCAGCGUCCGCCAUUUCGUUCCGGGCCAGUAUGUGGAUGUUACUGGAAUUACAAGAGGGAAAGGCUUUCAGGGUGGGAUGAAAAGAUGGGGGUUUAAAGGUAUGCCUGCAUCACAUGGUGCUUCAUUAUCCCACAGAAGUAUUGGUUCUACAGGUCAAAGGGAUGCUCCAGGAAAGGUAUUUAAAGGGAGAAAGAUGCCUGGGCGCAUGGGUGGAGUGCAACGAACUGUUAAAAAUGUUUGGGUCUACAAGAUUGAUCCUGCCAGAAACUUGAUGUGGGUCAAAGGCCAGGUUCCAGGAGCUGAAGGUAACUUUGUAUUCAUUAAAGAUUCUGUGUACAAGAAGCCAGAUAUUUCAAUGCUUCCAUUUCCCACUUACUUUGCCCCAGAAGAUGAAGACCAAGCUGAUUUGGAACCACUAGUAGCGGAUCUUGGUGGUACAGACCCGUUUAUGGCUGCUGAUUAGUUGUAGCCAACCUGGCUGUGGACUACAGCAAUCCUCUAUCCGUUCUUUUACCUUUUUAUUGUAAGUGGUUUUGCGUGGGCAGGGGCUUAUUUAGAAGGAAGUUAUUUGUGGUAGUGUUUUGGCAUUUUCUUUGGCUGACGGGAUUCAACUAGUAAUUUCGAGUUAUACUACAAACAGCAGCAGCAAGACCUACCCAUGGUGGUCUGCUCCCUUCUCUUAGGACAGUCAUUAUAGAAUUUGGAACCAGAGUUUCAAAGAAUCUCAACUUGUUAAAGGCGAUGUUGUCAUUCUUGUAGUUAGUUGUAAGCUGGUAUUAAGGUAAUUUCUUGUCUUUAUUUGGAAUAGAAGCAUAUGAGAGAUCAAUAUACUAUGAACUUUGUUCAUAGCACAAUUGAGUUUGUUGAUUGGCAAUUGUUUUUUUAAAA